UUUUUAUAGUUAAUAAGUUUUAAGUAGUUACUUUUACGGCAUAAGCUUAACGGUUGAUUGUGUUAAAUUUUCUCAGUACAUUUUUUUAAUUUAUAGUUAGCACAAUGUAUUAUGAAUUUUAAAAAAAUGAGUGCUUUAAACAUUAUAAAAAUUAAAAUAUAAUACUUAUACCCUUUAAUAAUAAAUGAAUCAUUCAAUCUAUGUAUAAUUAAGUACCUAGUUAUUUUAUUAAAAAAAAUAAUGUUUAAAUCGGGCAAGUUCAAAAGUUGCGUGUUAUGUUCCAAGUUAAGUAACAAAAAUCCAAUGGUAUCAUUUCACAAGUAUCUUAGAACUUUUUUUUCCCCCUAAGAUUUCCAUCCAAUAGUAUAAUGCGUUCUUUAUGGACAAAGGCCUGUGGAAUUAACGAAAAAGAUUUUUUACCGAGCACAGUUAUUUGUUCCAUCCAUUUUGAAAAAGACUGCUUUAAGUCUGUGUCUAAAAAAAUAUUAAAGCAAGACGCCAUUCCUACUAAGUUCAUUAGAGGUUUAAAAUCUUCAACCAGUCAAUUUCAGAAAUUUAGCUAUUUAAAAACACUUGUUAAUCCUCAAGAGCAACAUAAAAACAACGAAGACUGUCAAAGAGACAAAAAUGUUAACACAAGUUUAGAGUCUGGUCUGUGUAUCGAUGAAAACCAACCAGGUACUUCAAAUGUUUCUACAAAGUCUUCUGUGUUAAGUCCGAGUGAGUCAUCAGACAAACAAAUAAUAAGACAUUUUAUUGAAUCAUCUACAGUUCCAAUAGUUUUUCAUAAAAUGUUAGAUGAUUGGGAAUUGUUCACUUGGGAUCUACAAAAAUGGAAUCAAGUAUUUGUAAAUCAGCCCCUCGAUUGUAGAAAAGGGAGAAUUACUUGUACAAAAGAACCAUUGUGGGAAAGCAAAUGUUUUCAAGAAAGUCAUUCAUUUAAUGAUAUAAUUGAUAUAUCGGAGAAUGUGGAAACUGACGGUAAUUGGUUGUAUUUUGAUUAUAAAUAUAUAGGAGAAAAAGUCGAUAGUAAAAUGUUUAAGUCAAUUUCUUGGAAAAAAUUUGGCUAUGAAAAUCUAAACGAAAAAGAUUCUACUUUGUGGAUUGGAAGUACCGGAGCUCACACGCCGUGUCAUCAAGAUCUGUACGGAAUUAAUUUAGUUGCUCAAAUAUAUGGAAAGAAACGUUGGAUUUUAAUGCCGCCGGAAAUGGGAAAAUAUUUAAAACCCACUAGAGUACCUUACGAGGAAUCAAGUUGUUACAGCAAAAUAAAUUUCUCUUGUCCAGAUAAUCUUAAAUCGAUUAGCGAGUAUUGUAAAUGCAUAUCAAUCGUUUUAUCACCUGGUGAUGUUUUAUACGUACCUCAUAAAUGGUGGCAUUACGUUGAGAAUGUAUCGCCCGCCAUAAGUAUAAACAGUUGGAUACCAGUUCCUAAGUAUGACAACCUGAGCAGACUGAACGAGUCUAUUAUACGUUUUUUAGUUAGCAGCGUUUGUUCGGGCGUCUCGAAGAGUGUUCAGUCUCGCUUGUUGAAUCCAAAUGAAAAGUUUACACCAGACACUAUUACCGAAUCCUUACGUUUUAUUGAUCAAAGUUUAAAUAAGGUUAACAAUGACGCUGCAUCUUCUACAGAAUUUAAUUUCAAAAUACCUACACCUUUGGAUUACCAAUGUACCUUAUUGAAAGCAGAUCAGUUAUUAAAUAGUAUUGAUGUCAAUACAAAGUAUCACAGUUGUAACCAUUCACCAAAAUAUCUAGAAAGCGAUAUUCCAAACAAUAUACAUGAACAGAUUUUGAAUUCUUUGUGCGACGAAAAUGUGAUGAGUCGAGUCAUUAGUAAUUUAUUAAAUAAUAAUUAAUUAUCAACAUGUAUAAGUAAUAUUAUUCAAAUUUUUGUUUUUAUAAAAUAUUCAAGCCGAGUAUUAUUUUAAUGUUUGAAAUUUUAUAAAUUAAAAAAAAAAAAAUGGUACUCAUGGCUUUUAUUAGAUGUAUUAUGUCUUGUAACUGACAGAUUGAUUUACGUACAUUUUACAUGCAAUCAGUCAGACCAUUGUAAUAAACACCACUCAAGUUGUAAAACCAUAUAAUUUGUUAGGUAUAACAACAUUACAUAUAACAGGUAUAUCGACAUUCAUUGAGCAUAAUAAACGCAAAUCUACCGAAA